AUCGAGCUUACGCUCAGUCGUCAUCGUCAUCGUAGCUCUGGCGUUACGCACAUUUCCCGUAGCUGUUGUUAUUCUAAUCAGUUUAAUCUGUGUACAACUGCCUAGAAGUUGUAAAUUCUUUACUAACUCAACCGAAAACCGUGUGAACUUGGAUAAAAUGUCAGUUAGCUUUGUGCCAAUCCCAGAGGGUAGCGAUUUUCCCUUGGAAAACCUGCCAUAUGCUGUCUUCUCAAAAAAAAUCAAAGCCCGACAAACAUCGUCUGUGCGUUGCCAUUGGCGACUAUGUGUUGGAUUUGAAUGAAGUGGCGCAGUACUAUGCACCCGAACAUCAGGCUGCACUGCAAUCGCACAACUUGAACUUGCUGAUGAGCUUGGGCCACGAAGCUUGGGAUGCAGUCAGGACACGAACCCAAGAACUCCUCACCAAAGGCUCUGUUGUAGAUGUGAAUGACUUGAGAAUUGUUUGCUUGAUUCCUCAAUCGGAGAUUUUGCUGCACCUUCCAGCUGAGAUUGGUGACUACACCGACUUUUACUCAUCCAUUCAUCAUGCAACCAAUGUGGGCAUCAUGUUCCGUGGUGCAGACAACGCACUGAUGCCCAACUGGCGCCACCUGCCAGUGGGUUACCAUGGACGCGCCAGCUCUGUGGUUGUCUCCGGCACUCCCAUACGUCGUCCACUGGGGCAAACGUUGCCCGAGGGCGCCGAGAAGCCGGUGUUUGGUGCUUGCAAGCUGCUGGACUUUGAACUGGAGAUGGCCUUCUUUAUUGGUGGACCAGGCAACAAGUUGGGUGAGCCCAUCAAGGUAGACGAUGCCUGGAAGAAUGUCUUUGGCUUCUCGCUGAUGAACGACUGGAGUGCUCGCGAUAUACAGAAGUGGGAGUAUGUGCCGUUGGGUCCAUUCACAGCCAAGAAUCUGGGCACAACCAUCUCACCCUGGGUGGUGACAACGGCGGCGUUGAAACCUUUCUUGCUGGACAACUUUCCACAGGAACCGGAAGUGCUGCCAUAUCUGCGUCAGACUUUGCCCUUCAACUUUGACAUUAGUCUCGAAGUGUCGCUGAAACCUGCUGAUGACAACGAGACGCUGAUCAGCAAGUCCAACUUUAAGCACUUGUACUGGACUCCAUUGCAGCAGAUUGCUCACCACACGAUCACAGGCUGCAAUCUGCGUCCCGGUGACUUGAUGGCUUCGGGCACUAUUAGUGGCGAGACUCCAGAUUCGUAUGGUUCACUUCUUGAGCUUUGCUGGCGCGGUACAAAGACCGUUGAGCUUCAGAACGGCAAAACACGUAAAUUCCUGCAGGACUACGAUGAAGUCAUCAUUCGUGGUCACUGCGAGAAGAACGGACUGCGCAUUGGCUUCGGCACCUGUGCUGGCCAAGUGCUGCCCGCUCACCCAGUGGAUCAAUAGUGAUUUGUCAAAAACACAAAAACAAAUAAAUAAUCGCUCUCCUAACUGUACCUGCACUCUCUGUCCUGAAUUGCAAUCAACAAGUGACUUACGCUCACCCGCAAGUUCGCUCUUUAACUCGCUCUCUCACUUUGUGCCGCUCUCUCGCUCACUUUGACGCUGUUCACUCUCCGAGAGCGCCAAUUGUUGUUUGCGCUAUUACACGCUGCUUCGUAAAUAUGCGCAUGCUUCUACAAGCAACCACACUCAGCGCAGUCGCCGUCGACGAUGCUGCUGGCGCCUCAGCUUCAGUCUCAGUCACGGUCUCAGUCAGAGUCAGUUAGUUAGUACUCGGCGAGCGACGGCGAAGGCGGCGUCCCACGGCAAUUUGCAAAGCGUCGCGCAGCAAACAAAUCAUUUUUUUAUAUACACAAAAAAAAAGAAAAGAAAAACAAA